AGUCCGAAGUUUCAAUGGACACGCUCAGCUGCAGCGCCUGCAUUUGCAUUUCAUGCAGACUUCGCACGGCGGAACCAGCGCAGCGGAUGACUCUGAACUUAAUAACACACACACACACACAUUGAGAAUUAGAGCACAUAAUUUCGACAAACAAUGAUUUGUUUGAGUUCAUUUUACGAGGAAUAAUACGCUUCAGGCGACAGUAAUCGGUUUCUGUUUUAAAAGAAAAAAAUGUCUGAAAACGUAAAGACGGCACUAGGUUUCUCGGCGGAGGGCUACUAAUUCCACAGCGCAACCGACUGCCAUCACACAUUUCGUGAGCUCCAGUCAAGCGGACAGAGUUCACUGCAGCGUUAAAACCCGGCAUGCCACCGUUUGACUUGAAUAAUAUUGAAAUAUCGAGGAAAUAACAAUUUCCAACCGUGCGGUCCGGGUCGCUUUGAAAGACAGCUUGCUUGGGUUUUGAUUACGGCAGCCGAACUUGGGACCGCUGGGAGAAGUCAAGAGCAAGCUAAAAGAUGUCAAUUCUGCCUUUCACUCCCCCCAUCGUCAAGCGACUUUUGGGCUGGAAGAAGGGAGAGCAGAACGGCCAGGAGGAGAAGUGGUGUGAAAAAGCCGUGAAAAGUCUGGUGAAGAAGCUGAAGAAGACGGGGCAGCUGGAUGAACUGGAGAAAGCCAUCACCACGCAGAAUAUCAACACAAAAUGCAUCACCAUACCAAGGUCUCUGGAUGGCCGUCUGCAGGUAUCUCACAGAAAAGGCCUGCCUCAUGUUAUCUACUGUCGUCUGUGGCGUUGGCCCAACCUGCAGUCCCACCAUGAACUGCGGGCAGUGGAGUUGUGCGAAUACGCCUUUCACACAAAGAAGGAUGAGGUGUGUGUCAACCCCUACCACUACCAGAGAGUAGAGACUCCAGUACUCCCUCCUGUGCUGGUGCCCAGACACACGGAGAUCCCGAGUGAAUUUCCACCUCUGGAUGACUACAGCCAUUCAAUCCCUGAAAACACCAACUUCCCUGCUGGCAUCGAGCCGCAGAGCAACUACAUACCAGAAACGCCACCUCCAGGCUACCUCAGUGAGGAUGGAGAGACCAGCGAUCACCAGAUGACUCACAGCAUGGACACAGGCUCACCAAACCUAUCGCCCAAUCCUGUUUCCCCCACUCACAAUAACUUGGAUCUCCAGCCCGUGACAUAUUGCGAGCCAGCCUUCUGGUGCUCCAUUUCCUACUACGAGCUAAACCAGAGGGUAGGAGAGACUUUCCACGCCUCGCAGCCCUCGCUGACGGUAGACGGUUUUACAGACCCUUCAAACUCUGAGCGUUUCUGCCUGGGCCUCUUGUCCAACGUCAACCGCAAUGCUGCAGUGGAGCUAACGCGCAGACACAUCGGUCGCGGAGUGCGACUCUAUUACAUAGGGGGAGAGGUAUUCGCAGAGUGUCUCAGCGACAGCGCCAUCUUCGUGCAGAGCCCCAACUGUAACCAGCGCUAUGGUUGGCACCCCGCCACUGUCUGCAAGAUCCCUCCAGGAUGCAAUCUGAAGAUCUUCAACAACCAGGAGUUUGCUGCACUGCUGGCGCAGUCGGUCAACCAGGGUUUUGAGGCCGUUUACCAGCUCACCAGGAUGUGCACCAUUCGCAUGAGCUUUGUUAAGGGCUGGGGGGCCGAGUACAGGCGACAGACGGUGACCAGCACCCCCUGCUGGAUCGAACUGCACCUGAACGGCCCGUUGCAGUGGCUGGACAAGGUGCUCACGCAGAUGGGCUCACCCAGCAUCCGCUGCUCCAGCGUCUCCUAGGUAACCUCUCCGGCGUCUAUGCGAGUGACUGAAAACAACAAGAUGAUCCUUCAGUGACCCGCGAGCCCAUUCUUCUUCCCCGCCAGCUAUCAAUAGCACUUUUUAAAGACAGGACAUGUUUGAUUUUUAUGUGGCAAAAAAAGGGGACAAGUGCAUUAAAACGAGACCAUGUUCGUAUGAACUCUGCUUGUCGAUUGUUCUUGUCACAUCUCAAUGAGGGGGUGUUUUUCUUGUUCAAUUAAGAGAUUCAUAUAUUGCUUUUGAAAUUAUUUUUAUGUUGUACAUACAGUGUCACAUUGUGUUGUUAGAUCUUGUUUAACCUCCUAUCAUUUGAUGACCCGACCUUUAAAAAAAAAAAAAUCAAACAGUUCCCUGGUGUCUUAAAGGCAUGCUUUCAACCAAAUACCUAAAGGAAAUUUGGAACUGAUGAUCUGCACCACACAUUGACAUUAAUCAAACUCUUCCCUGAGAUAGGCGGCUGGCCAGAGAGUGGCCGCGGGCCGACACAUUGCUCCGCUCCUGCUGUUCAUUCAGCCUUUGCUACAGACACUCCUAGUUUACGUCACAAAAUCUCUUGUUUUUCUUAUUGUUCGCGCAUGUAUUGUUGCAUAGCUGACGUGUAACAAGCACCCUCAAUAAGGAGACCAAAGACAUCUCACAUGCUCAACAUUUGCAUUUGUUUGGAAAUCAAUCUGAGGAGACAGUGUGGUUGUUUACCUACUUUAUAUUCACGAUUAAACUCUCAGGAUUGUAAAAAAAAA